AUGGGUAGAUUCAAGUGUCUAGUAGAUACUCCGGCUGCCAUGGAGGCCUUUAGGCCAAAGUACUGCAUUCCGCAAGGGGUGGUUUUGGAGUACUGUCCUCCAGAACGAGUUCUGACCAAUAGGGAACCAACUGCACAACCACUUCCACAAGAUAAUCCCGAAGUUGCAGCGCGUGUUGGAGAAGAGACCGAAUCAUCCCGUCUUUCUCUUGAGGAGGAGAUAGACGAGUUUUACUUUGAGGAGGAUAUUCCAAAAGCUCCACUGAUCAAGCUUUCAGACGUUGAGGGAGAACAGGAUAGGAACUCCGUGAUUGGCGCCCCUCUUGUUAUUGCCUGCUCAGACGACUCUUUAGACGAGGAGGUGGACAACAUGGCCUCCAACAAAGGAAAAAGUUUGCGAGAGCUGAUGGCCUCCCAAGGCAAGGGGCAAUCAUCGAAGGUGCCUACCAAGUCCCAGACCUCUGUCCUUCCUCCUGCUGCUCCGCAAAUCCCUGCCGAUCUCGGCUUGAAAGUUAAUCCCAAUCUGAAGAAGAAAAGGCCGGUUGAGUCCCUCGAGGAAGGCGAGAUUACUCAGCAAGUAUUUGUGGCCGACGAGUGGUGCCGCGACAAUCGUAAGUUAGCUGAUGUUGAAGCCUUCUCUCGUGCUGAGGUGGAGAAGGCUCUAAGAGUCCUCAAGCAGGAGCACUAUGAGCUAUCUGAGAAGCUCAAGGAGGCUGAGUCAGGUCGUAAGAGUGUUGAGGCUGGCUUGAAGACUAAAGACAAAGAAGAGGCCCAGGUUGCCAAGGAAGAAGCUCAGCUAGUCAAGGAAGCAGCCGAGGCCGAAAAAAGGGCUGCUUACCAGCUUGGAGUGGAGGAGACUAAGGCAAGGCUUUCUGAGGAGCUGCCAGAAGUAUGCAGAGAUUACUGCAGUAUUUCAUGGGCUCAGGCUCUUAAUGCUGCAGGGAUCCCUGCAGACUCUGCCUUGAGAUUGUCAGAGAAUGUCGCCGUCCAGGUUGAGGAUGUGGAGGAAGAGAAAGGUAAAGGCAAGGGUAAGGGAAAGAAAACCUCCUCCAGGGCCAAGGAUCUCACUAAGGAGACAAUCACUAAGGCUGAGGAUCAUGGGGCAGGUCCUAAAGUCAAGGAUGUUCCACCUCCUCAGCCAGAGCAAAAAGAAAAUCCUCUUGCUGAGGCUUAG